AACCCAUUGUGUGUUCGUUGAAGCAGCAUCGAACACCCGGCGGGAAAGGACGCCAAUUCCGCCCUCAACCAACGAACUGGCUGCAGUGACGGAUCUCAUAACCGAACAUGAAGUGUCGGAUCAUAGUACAGUGUAUUAGAAAUUAGUCAUUCUUGCUGCGUAACAGGCAAAAACGCAGUAUCUCAUCAGCAGAUCUCGACUCACCGUUAAUCUCACUCACAUGAUAUAUACCCUUUCAUAAAAACCUCAGUAUCCCACCAUCAAAAUGGCAACAGACGUAGCUCUGGAAACAUCCAUGGGGACCAUCGUUCUUGAACUGUACAACCACCAUGCGCCAAGGACCUGCCAGAACUUUUCUACCCUCGCUUCGCGCGGCUAUUACGACAACACCAUCUUCCACCGCAUUAUCAAGGACUUCAUGAUCCAAGGUGGCGACCCGACCGGCACAGGUCGUGGCGGGACCAGCAUUUACGGCGAGAAGUUCGAGGACGAGAUACAUCCGGAUCUGAAACACACAGGCGCGGGGAUCCUGAGCAUGGCCAACGCGGGGCCCAACACCAACGGCUCCCAGUUCUUCAUCACCCUGGCGCCGACCCCCUGGCUCGACGGCAAGCACACCAUCUUUGGCCGGGUCAAGAAGGGGAUUCGGGUGGUGCAACGCAUGGGCUUGGUGCCGACUGACGGCGAGGACCGGCCCCGGACCGAGGUGCGUAUCAAUAAGGCAUAUGUCGUCACCGGAGAGGAGGCUCAGGAAGGGGGGUUGGGAGCUUGA